AGAGUAUAUCCGCUUGCCAGCUGCAAAAAGUAAACAGGCAGAGACUACUGAUAGAAGUAAAACAAGGACACGGUGUGAUUACUAGAAACACAAUUGUUGUGUUUAUUGCAUUAAGGACAGUUUUUCAUCAACGUUUUCCGGGCUAUUUGAAAAGGUAGAUCCCAUCAUGACGACUGAAAAGCAAAUGCUGGUUGACAGAGAAUUGCCGGGGCUAAGAGAAGCCAUGCAAGUGUUUGUCACCAAGGAACAUGAUAUCGAGACCCCACAUGGUGUGAUCCAUGUCACCAUGCAAGGACUACCCAAAGGAAAUAGACCUGUCAUCUUGACCUACCAUGAUAUUGGACUGAAUCAUAAGUCUUGCUUCAACUCCCUCUUCAACUUCGAGGACAUGCAUGAAAUUACCCAGCACUUCGCAGUGUGUCAUGUGGAUGCUCCAGGGCAGCAAGAAGAAGCCCCUGCCUUUCCACUAGGGUAUAAUUAUCCAUCUAUGGACCAGCUUUCUGAUGUGCUUCCACUGGUUCUCAACAAUUUGGGUCUGAAAAGUGUUAUUGGAAUGGGUAUUGGUGCUGGUGCCUACAUCCUAUGUAAAUUUGCGCUAAAUCACCCUGAAUUGGUGGAAGGAAUGGUGCUCAUUAACAUUAAUCCCUGUGCAGAAGGAUUGAUCGACUGGGCAGCUAAUAAGAUUUCUGGAUGGGCACAUGCUCUGCCAGAAUCAAUCAUUACUCAUCUGUUCGGAAAGGAAGAAAUCCAUAACAACCAUGACUUGAUCCAAACAUACCGACAACUUAUCACCAAUGAGAUCAACCAAAGCAAUCUUCAGCUCUUUGUAAACUCAUACAACAGCCGAAGAGAUCUUGAAAUCGAACGACCUAUUCCUGGACAAUCAAACGUGAAAACCUUGAAAUGUCCUACACUUCUGGUUGCUGGAGACAGCUCACCAGCUGUUGAUGCUGUGGUGGAAUGCAACUCUAAACUGGACCCAACAAAGACUACUCUUCUGAAGAUGGCAGAUUGUGGAGGGCUACCUCAGGUUGAUCAGCCUGCAAAACUUACAGAAGCCUUUAAAUACUUCAUACAGGGCAUGGGCUACAUGCCCUCAGCCAGUAUGACCAGACUUGUCAGGUCGCGCACUGCUUCUGGCUCCAGUGUGACCUCUAUGGAGGGGAACCGGAGCCGAGCCCACACCGGUGAAGGCACGAGGAGCCGCUCUCACACUGGAGAGGGCAGUAGGAACCGCACCCACACCUCGGACGGCACUCGCAGCCGCUCGCACACUGACACCAACAUCGAAUCCAACUCCUCCCAUGGGACUGCGGAUCCGACCGUCCCCAAGACUAUGGAGCUGUCCUGUUAAACCACAUCCACAUCCUGCUUAAAAAAACAAACAAAAGAAACCCUGUAGACCGUUAUCUGUGCUCCACUGCUGCUUGUCACGAAACGAAGGUUCAACCCGACUCAACCAAAGGAUUUCUUUGUAUUGUUUUGUCUCCUGUUCUGUUUUUAAUUACAGAUCAACUGAGAGAUGUGCAGUUUCUUUCUUUACUUGCUAUGCCCUGCUCAGUUUUUAGUUUAUGCCCAAAAGCACAAUGACCAUAAAUGGCUUGUAAAAAAAAAUUGCCAAUAACUUCCUUUUAUUGGCUGUCUUUAAAAUUGGAGCCAUAUCAAGCUCAAUAGUCUGAAAAUAGUUACUUUUUCUAAUCGGAGCAGGGCAGUUGAUAAAUUUAAUUGUUUUUUUCUAGUUGUUGAGAUAGUAACUGCAUUUCAUUGUUUACUCAGAUCUCUUUGUUUUUGUUUUAUAGAAAACCCUGCUUUUUCAGCAGUGGGGUAUGCUUCUGACAAUCUGCAACUACUUUCUUGGUGGAAUUGAGAUCGAUAAUGCUUUUGAAGCUUGGUUAUCUUUUGUAAAUGGCUAAAAAAUGAGGCUUAGUGUUUUGCAGUGGUUUUGGCCACCUUGGAAUGGUGGCAAAUGCCCUCAGCUACACUACACUGUUUCCAAUGUUUGGUUAACUGAUUUUUCUUUUUAUUAUCCAUUACAUAACAGAACGUUAAUGUCUUUGUAGUUCAUAAGCUUUAAAUUCCAGUUUGCUUUAGGUUUUAAAUGUUCUUGUCAUUGUAACGUCCUUCAUGGAAAUUGCAUUUUUAAAGCUUUUCUUGU